AUGCUGCAAGGGGAGGAGGACGAAAAAUUGGUUGAAAAAAAUAGGGUUUCAAGGAACUCGAAGGUUUUUCCGCAAGAGAAUUCGCAGCAAAACGCGAAGCUGAAUCCGCAGUGGCUAGAGACUCGUCAGAGGUUGAAGUCUGCAGGUGAAGUUAUCACUUGGGCUGUGUUCCGUAGGGAGUUUCUGAGGAGGUAUUAUCCUAAGGAUGUCCGCGAGAAGAAGGAUAUAGAAUUUCUCGAACUAAAGCAGGGAAAUUUGUCGGUUACGGAGUAUGCUGCUAGUUUUGUGGAAUUGGCAAAGUUCUAUCCUCAUUAUAACGAGGCUACUGGUGAGUUUUCCAAGUGUAUCAAAUUAGAGAACGGCUUACUCCCAGAGAUCAAGAAGGCAAUUGGAUACCAGAAGAUUCGUAAUUUUCUGGAUUUGGUGGAUAGUUAUAGAAUUUAUGAGGAGAAAAAUAAUGCUCAUUAUAAGUUUAUAAAUGAGAACAGGCGUAAGCACCAACAGAAUCAUGGGAAGCCUUAUGAUGCUCCAGCUGGUUAUAGUAUUAACGCAAAAACAGAAAACAGGACUUUCGCUGCAGCGAACUAUAUUUCGCUGUAG